AUGCCCGACAUCGACCCCGCGGCCUUGAGCAGCCGCCCAUCUGUCAAUAUCUCAACGCCGACGUUGUCUACCAAGUCCAUUACUGUGCAGCCUCCCGGUUCCCUCAAAACUUCGAAAACAAGCCAGAUCAUUCCGGCCCGCAUUGACCUUGAGCCGUUGUAUACCGCUUUGAAGCAGACCAUCGGCUCCGAAGCAUGGGUCGUGUACAAGGAGUCAACAACAGAGUUCCUCAUCGGUCGGCUGAACCAGACCGAAUACUCGGAACGAAUCGAUCCUAUCCUCGCAUCCCCCAAUGGCGAAAGGGAACACCUCCAUAACCAGCUAAUAGCUGCUAUUUACGGCAAUGUCACAAGAGAGAUGCCCGACCAGGGGCUUGCCCCCUGGGUUAGCGCUAACGACAAGCCGACCGCGCCUGUUGGCAGUAAGCCUGUCUCUGGCGAUGCUGCAGAGCGUCGUCUCAAGGGCGAUGUCAUGCAAUUGCCCACCAAAGACCGUCGGCGCAUCAAGGACUUGGCUUCUAACGAUUUCGAUCCUCACGAGACCCUUUCCAACGUCUUCCUCGAAACCCACAGGCGACAGUCCAAGCCGGCCGAAGUCCCGCCCAGUGCUGGAGGCAUUGGAGGCAUCAACAAAAUGAAUUUCGACUUGGAGAUUCGCAAGCGCUUUGCACAGCCAUUGGCCGUGGAGUCAGGCGAAUUCCCGGACGCCCCUGUAGUGGAAGGUAGGAUGCUGCCUUUCUGCUAUGAGGCAGGCCUCACCAAUGGUCAUGUCCAAGAAGCGCCACACUUCAUGUCUGUUGCGACAGAAACGUUCAUCAAGGAAGCCCUAGCUGCUAUAUUCUCCAAGACGAGGAGCAAUGGUCCGGGAGAGGGCGGAACCGCUGGUUUCGGCGCCGGUACGCAAUGGAUCCAAACCCACAAAUACCGGCAUCAACUUGUGAAAGAAGAGGAUGCGGCUUUACGAGGCGAGCUUACCCGUGAUAAGAGCGGUCUGUUGCCUAUCGAGUCGAAAGCCGCGAGCGAGCGUGGUCCUCUUGGUAUGGCAGACGUACGGAUCGCCCUGGAGAUGGCAGACAGCGGCCUGGCACAAUUUCCCAUCAUCAACACGGCAAUAUCGUAUGGAUAUCGUGAAGGAGAACUCGAAAACUGGCAUGAUUAUACCUGGCUCCCAGGUCUUGAGCCCAAUGGAAUCAAGGAGGCAGACGUCCCCGAUGUCAAACCGCUGGCUGUGGAGCAGCUGCCGAACGGACACGUCGACGAAAUGGAGAUUGACUCGGAGCCAUGGUGGGACGGCGCAGAUCCUCAAGAUAUGGGCGCGCUUGAUUCCGUGCUAGAUUCGUGUCUGGCCGUUGGAUCAUAG